ACCAUUUUACUUUUUUGUUUAAACCCUAAAUAACCCGGCAGCACUACAAUCUCUGUCAUAGGUGAUGGUGGACAUGGCUGCUUCAGGCAAGAUUAUUUUGAUCAAUCCCGAUGUAGUUGCAGGUGGCUGUUAUUCUGGUGUAGGAACUCCAUUGACAGAUUACACCGCUUCUCUCAUCAUCUCUUUUGGUUUCUUCCAUGAAAUUAAUGUCUCUUAUCAUGAUUUAAUGAAUUUGCGACAUAUUGUCGCUUGCUCCAUUAGCUAGAAACUCCUCAAAAGAAUGAUUCGCACCAGGGAUGUGUCCUUGAUGUUCUUAAAUUACACUUGUAGUGGAAUGUUUCCCAGUGCAGUGUAGUUUACUGCCCGGACCAUAUCAAAAACGUGGAAGCUUUAUGUUUACUAUGCUCACAGACUUAGUUCACCACUGUACUACAUUGGGUUCAACAUCAGACAGUUCAGAUGAACCAGAUACUCUCAGCAUUAAAAAGGUUUUGCAUGCCGAUUCUAUGGUUGUUCCACCUAAAGAUGUUAUUGAUACAAUGGCUCUGUAUGUUCUCGACGGAGGUUGUGCUUUUGAACGAGCCAUAAUGGAUCCUCUCUUCAAUUUCUUCUUUGAGCUUGGGUCAAAGAAAAGUACUUACUACAUUUGGAGGCUCUAUUCUCUUCCUCAGGUUUAGGUGAUUAAUAUUUAUCAAUGAAUUUGCAAAACAUAUUGUCACUAGCUCCAUUAGCUUAGAAACUCCUCAAAAUAAUGAUUCGCACCAGGCAUGUGUCCUUGAUGUUCUCAAAUUACACUUGUAGUGGAAUGUUUCCUAGUGCAGUGUAGUUUACUAUGCUCACAGAUUUAAUGGACCACUGUACUGCAUCAGAUUCAACAUCAGACGGUAUAAAUGAACCAAAUACAAUUAAGCUACCAUCAAAUGCCAACUGCAGUGACAAUUUUAUACAUAGGAGCUUUAGAAAAUCCCAACACUACAGCUCGUACAUUUGCGUAUAGAACUCAUAAACUUCAAAUCUUGAAUUAAUAUCUAAUGUAAUGUUCCAUUCUUCCGUCACGAACAGUAGGCUUAACCAUACAAAGAGACUUAUAAUCUUUUUGAUGUUGAUAUGUUCCUUAUCAUUUCCUUGAUUGGAAAUAUAGAUAGUUUGCUUACAAAAUCUUUUGAUGAGAAACUUCUUUCUUCUAAAUUCAUCUGUGCCAGUGAUUUCUUUGCAUACCAAUUCAUAUAACAACAAUAUAGAAAACUAGAAAUGUGACUUUUAAAGAUUUUCACCAUUGAAUGGAAAGAUUUCUUUUUCAAUACAGUAAGCAAAUAUCUUUUGGUUUGAUUUUUUGGCCGUACUUGUCACGGACUUAGAGUCUUACUAACAUUCCGUGUGGCAAUUGACAACUUACUCACUACUCUUUUUAAGAUCUUGUAAGCUCAAGUA